AUGGAGAGCCCAGUGGUCCCCUGCGUCCUCUACCCGGGCGACGGGGCGUGCGGCCAGGCCGGGGGCCGGGGCGGCGCUCCCGAGGCUCCGGGAGAGGGCAGCCUGCAGCCGCCGGACGCGGCCGAGGGGGAGGGCGCGGCGUCGCCGGCGCAGACACCCUGCAGCCUCAGCGCGUCCCUGUGCUUCAGCUCCGGGGACGACUCCCCGCCGCAGUCUCGCGCCUCCUCCGCGGCGGAGGACGCAGCGGCCUCACCGCCCUCGUGUGGCAGCGGCCGGCGGGUGGUGGAGAGGCAGUGGGGCGUCGGCAGCGCGGGCGCCGCGUCCCCGGAGGAGCCAGUGUCCCCAGAAGACUCCGCGUCGCCCGAGGAGCCCGCGUUCCCCGGGGAGCGCCCGCCGACCGAGGAGCCCGCGUCCCCGGAGGAGCCCGCGGACCCCGCGCCCGUGCCGCCCGGCGUCGGCCCGGAGCACGGCGAGCCCGACUUGCUCAUUGAGGUCUCGGGCCGCCGGCUGCGGGCGCACAAGGCGGUGCUGGCGGCGCGCAGCGACUACUUCCGCGCGCGCGCGUCCCGGGACGUGCUGCGGGUGCAGGGCGUGGGCUGGGCGGCGCUGCGGCUGCUGCUGGCCUACGCGUACAGCGGGCGCAUGGCGGGAGUGCGCCCCGACAACGUGGCCGACGUGGUGGCCGGCGCGCGCCGCCUGCAGCUGCCCUGCGCCGCGCAGCGCGCCACCGACGCCGUGGCGCCGCAGCUGAGCCUGGCCAACUGCUUCGAGGUGCUGAGCGCGGCCAAGCGGCAGCGGCUGGCCGAGCUGCGCGAGGCCGCCUACCGCUUCAUGAGCGACCAUUACCUGGAGGUGCUGCGCGAGCCCGCCGUCUUCGGGCGCCUGUCGGGGGCCGAGCGCGACCUGCUGCUGCGCCGCCGCCUACGCGCCGGCCGCACCCGCCUGCUGGCUGCCGCUCUCGGGCCGGCCGGGGACCGCGCGGGCAGCCGGCCGCAGAGCCCGUCAGGGGAUGCGGAGGGCCGCGGCGAGGCCGCCGUCUACUGCUUCCACGAGGCGGCCGGCGAGUGGCGCGAGCUGACGCGGCUGCCGGAGGGCGCGCCGGCGCGGGGCUGCGGCCUCUGCGUGCUGCACAACUACCUCUUCGUGGCCGGAGGCGUGGGGCCCGCGGGCCCCGACGGCCGCGCCAGGCCCUCCGACCGGGUCUUCUGCUACAACCCGGCCACUGAUCGCUGGAGCACCGUGCGGCCGCUGCGCCAGGCGCGCUCGCAGCUGCAACUGCUGGCGCUGGACGGCCACCUGUACGCCGUGGGCGGCGAGUGCCUGCUCAGCGUGGAGCGCUACGACCCGCGCGCCGACCGCUGGGCCGCCGUGGCCCCGCUGCCCCGGGGCGCCUUCGCCGUGGCCCACGAGGCCACCACGUGCAAUGGCGAGAUCUACGUGUCCGGGGGCUCACUUUUCUACCGCCUGCUCAAGUACGACCCGCGGCGCGACGAGUGGCAGGAGUGCCCGUGCAGCAGCAGCCGCGAGCGCUCGGCCGACAUGGUGGCCCUGGACGGCUUCAUCUACCGCUUCGACCUGUGUGGGGCCCGCGGCGACGCGCCGGCGGCCGUGCCGGCCGGGGGCGUCAGUGUGCUCCGCUACCACUGCCUGGCCAAGCAGUGGAGCCGCUGCGCCUCGCACCUGCGGCCCCCGGGCGCGCCCUCGGGCCUGCAGCCCUUCCGCUGCGCCGCGCUGGAGGGCACCAUCUACUGCGUGAGCCGCGCGGGCACCUGGCGCUUCGUGCCGCCGGGUGAGGGCGAGCCCGGCGCCGGCGACGCGGGCCCCGAAGGCAGCUUUGAGCUCCAGUCGCUGCAAACCCCGGCAGACGCCCGGGGCCUGCUCUUCCCCUUCGUGCUCAACUUGCCGGAGGAGAGGCCGGACCGAGGGGAGGAGGGCGCUGUAUAG